AUGACAGCCUUUGCCAAUAUCCAAAGUGCAUUGGCUGAAUUUUUUGCUCAGACUUCAAGCCAAGAGCGUUUGGCUCAGCUUCAGCAAUCACUCAUUUCCUUUGAACAGCAGCCCUCAUCUUGGAUGUCAGCUAUUGAGUUUUUAUCGAUUUCUUCCGAUCAGUAUGUUUGUAUGUUCAGCUUGGGCAUAAUUGAAUCAACCAUUAAACAACGUUGGAACCAUCUGACUUCUUCUGAAAAGCAGCAAAUUUUCCGAUUUUUAGAAAGAUACGCCUUCUCUGAUCAAGAUUGGCGUUCGAAUAUACCAAUAAUUUAUGGUGUACGAUGCAAAGCUGUAAAAAUUUGGACCUCAAUUUGCAAAAGAAGCCUCCCUGAAUUACACGAUCAGUUUUUUUCACGCAUUACCACUCUACUCUCAUUUCCUGAUUCUUUGACAACCGAGUCUGAUUUGCAGUCAAAUUUGAUAUCAUUCUCCCUUUUGAAAGCGGCCUGUGAAGAACUAAUCUGUCAAGAUUCAGAAAUUAGUCGUGCCAAAUAUCUAGAAAAUGUUUCAAUUUUUAAUUGUUCAGUUCCCCAAAUUUUAUCUGCUCUCUUUGAGGUCACAGAACGACUCCUUGGCCAGGAAUUGAUUGACUCUGUCAAUUCUCUUUUCAUUCAGUUCAAUGGAAGUACUGUUGAGUCCCCUUUCAUGAAUUCUCUUCGUCUCAUUCUCUACUUUGAUGCCAAUCUUCUCUUUUCCUCAUCGAACUCUAAAUCCGAGAAGAAAGGUCUCUCAAACCUCCUCUUGCAAAAUUUUGCCAAUAUACUUGAAUGUCUGACCCUAAUUUUAUCCGUAUCUACCAUCGGUGAUAUGAACAACUGUCGAAUGUACAGUCUGUUGUAUAUUUUUCUCAUGCUAGGUUCUCCGCAUACCCUCUCCACUCUCUUAAGCUCCUCCCGAUCACGAAAUCUUUCUCCAUGUAUACCAAUUGAAUCGCUGGCAGAAAUCGGUAUGCAUUCUAUUAGUUGUUUAACAGAAGUUGUGGAGAGAAAGGAUAUUCAAAGAAGUGUCAUGAUUCAUCAUCUUCCUUUCAUUUUCCGCUGCCUUUAUUGGUCUAUGCUUAUCUUAGAUCCUCAAUUUCCUCUAUAUGACCUUUCUACAUCAAUUGUGGGCCUAAUGGCUGAAUCUGGAGUUGCACUUUCAACGUCCCAAUCAGCUAAUAAUCUCUCAGGUCUUGCUUCUGUCUCACAGACAUUGGAGUCAAUUUCUGAGGAAUAUUAUCAAAAAAUGGUGGAUGUUUUGCGACCCCUAGUUACUGUCUUUCUUCUCUUCACUCGACCUGCAAACAUGGAUGAACAACAUGGUUCACUCUACUCAUUCUCAUCCACAAAAUUUCUACAAAGAGUACAUUUCUUUACUUUUAACACUUGUCGUCCAAUAAUCACUGUCUAUCUUUCUAUCCUGGAUCUAUGGAAUGCAUAUUUGGAUUUUAUCAAGUCUUACUACGCUAAUAACAACAGUUCAGUCAGAAAUGCUCAAAUUCCCCCUCAAAAUCAACAAAUCAUAUCAGAUCUCUGUGCCUCUCUUCUCAAUACUAUCUACUUCUCUGAAUCAGCAGAAUAUCUUGAUCUGCUGGAUAGUGAAUAUGCCUCCGGUUAUACGAACUGUGAUGAUGACCACUCUACUAAUUCUUAUCUUGCAUUUUUUGAUGAUUUACUUCAACAUGUGGAUUGCAGUGAUAUGAUGGCAGAGAAGGAGAGCGAAUAUAGGGGCUUCAUGCAGAGCUCUCUCACCCUUCUCUCCAAUAUUGCCCACUUCAAUCCCACUGUUGUCAUGCAUAGUGUUGCUGCUAAGUUCCAGGAGGAGAUGAAAAUAUUCACUGAGCUCUGCAGUACUCUAGAACGCACGAAGUUGGAGGAGCACACCACCAGAAAGUUGCAUUAUUCUCUUCGUGAUUUGGCAACGUGUUUGAACUCCCUUGCAUAUCUCUCUGAUCAUUUCGCCUCCCUCUCGGAUUCUGCUAUGCUUAAGUGGCUUUUGCAAGCUCUUGUCUUUAAUCUCAAUGCGGGGGUGACUUGUUGUGAUCGGUUAAAAAGUCUUCAGAUUGAAACUCUCCAACAAGACGUAAUCCAGGUUGUGGUGGGCAAUAUUAGUCUAUUGCGAUGUUUACUUUCCGGUGGCUUACUCAUGGUUUCUGAUGCUGUAACGCAGAAUGUAACUGAUAUACCCCAAGGUCAUAUUGUACUCUCAAUUGAUGAUAAAGAUGCCUUCACUACUUCUUUACUGCAGUGUUCCCAUCAUCUUAUCCUAACCUCUCCGGUUUCUUCACUUCAAACUAAUGCUGCACUACUAUUUCAGUCUAUAGUAAUAUCUUCUGCGCCACCUGGUUUCUUCCCACCGGCUAAUCAGCUUUCAGAGGGCUCUGUUCUUGCUGAUCUCAUAACUUGCUGCUGUGAACCGAUACGUCUCAAGUCGUUUAGUAUUCAUUUGCAACGAAUACUCAUGCGUACUGUCACAGCAUAUCUUCUCAUUGACGAAAGCGCGACGAUAAAUCUUGCUAAAGUCAACCCACAGAGAACUGAGGAGCUACAAGCUCUAACGGCAAAGAAAACAGGUGUUCUGGUUAAUCGCCUAAUGCCAAUUUUCACUCAGACUCUCAACGUGGACAUCUUAAACUCAAAUCGGGAUGCCUACUUUGCGGGACUGUGUUGGUUAACUGAAGCCCUAGCGUCUCUUAUUCCUCUUGGCACAAAGAGUAGACGCUUGAUGUAUGAUGCACUCACAGAAUGUGGAGUCUUGAAUGCCAUCUGGAAGUGCUUUGAAGCCACGAGUCUUUCCUCCGAAGUGUACCUCUUUAUUGCUCAUCUUUCUUUCUUUGUUCAAUUCGCGGAUAUCUAUGGGAAUCAGCGGGCUACAGCCUCAAUGAUCCCUGGUUUUGUCACUAAUGUGAUGCAACUCCUUCAAGUGCUGGAUAGGAACACUGCUACUGCGCGUCUUGUCUCGCCCGUCAUAUCCCAUUUACUCCAUUUACUUGACCGUCUUGGACAGAAUCGGGUGGCUUUUCACUCACUCGCUCCCGAUGUUCUGCGUUUUAUCAGCAACUGUCUUGUCGUUAACUUAGCUGGAGGUUCAAUCUCUGAUCUCCCCACCACAGUUUCAAAUGCGUCGAAAAGUGAUCCAGAUCUCUGUCUCCGAGUGUUUAAAACUCUCUUUAACACCUUCUCUUACGAGUACACCCAACUUGCUAGCAAUGAGGAACAUCUAGCCGCUUUCCUCCGGCCUGUUCUAUCCGUUUUCUCAGGAAAGGUCUUUGAUCCACGCCUUCUGAUCUCAUGUAUUGAAUUUUUGACCGAUCUAAAUACACGACAUCGAUUUUUUACUCUACCAAUCUUUAUGACACAAUGGAGGAGUCAGUUUGCUCAACAGUGGUUGGAACUACUCAGUGAUAGAGUCAAUGUUGCUGUUCAACGUGGAAGUGAUGCUGAAAGCGCGAUAAUUGGAAUCCUACAUGGAGUCUACUGUACUCCGGAUGGAUUUAAUUCUAAAGAAUUCGUUGCAUCAGCUCUGGAACCCUUUUUAGCACGCGUACUAGAAAAGAAAGAACAGUUUGCUGCCCAACUUAUGACGGUGCUAAUGGAGAAGUCACCGAAAGAGCUGGCUGUACUAGAUGAAUUCACAUCCCUCUUGAGUGUCCUCUUGGUCAGUGUUCGGCAAAAUCCUCGUGUCAGUGUUGCUGUAAACGGAAAGUUCGGACAAUGUGAGUUUCUUGACUAUGAGCAGUCGAUCUCCAAAAGACCAGUUAAUGUGCUUUUAUAA